GCGCCUGGCGUGGGCUCCCGACCCCCGACGGACACCGCCAGGCCCGCCGAGCCCACCAUGCCGCGCCCGGCCCCCGCGCGCCGCCUCCCGGGGUUCCUCCUGCUGCUCUGGCCGCUGCUGCUGCUGCUGCUGCUGCUGCCGCCCCCCGCCGCCCCCGACCCCGUGGCCCGCCCGGGCUUCCGGAGGCUGGGGACCCGCGGCCCCGGGGGCAGCCCUGGACGCCGCCCCUCUCUUGCGGCUCCGGACGGCUCGCCCUCUUCAGGGGCAGGCGAGCCCGGCCGCGCCCGCGGCGCAGGUGUUUGCAAGAGCAGGCCCUUGGACCUGGUGUUUAUCAUUGAUAGCUCUCGUAGCGUACGACCCCUGGAAUUCACCAAAGUGAAAACUUUCGUCUCCCGGAUAAUUGACACUCUGGACAUCGGGCCGGCCGACACGAGGGUGGCAGUAGUGAACUAUGCUAGCACCGUGAAGAUUGAGUUCCAACUCCAGGCCUACACAGAUAAGCAAUCCCUGAAGCAGGCUGUGGGUCGAAUCACACCCUUGUCAACAGGCACUAUGUCAGGCCUGGCCAUUCAGACAGCAAUGGAUGAAGCCUUCACAGUGGAGGCAGGUGCUCGAGGGCCCUCUUCUAACAUUCCUAAGGUGGCCAUUAUUGUCACAGAUGGGAGGCCCCAGGACCAGGUGAAUGAGGUGGCGGCUCGGGCCCGAGCAUCUGGUAUUGAGCUCUAUGCUGUGGGUGUGGACCGGGCAGACAUGGAGUCCCUCAAGAUGAUGGCCAGUGAGCCCCUGGAGGAGCAUGUUUUCUAUGUGGAGACCUAUGGGGUCAUUGAGAAAUUGUCCUCUAGAUUCCAGGAAACCUUUUGUGCGCUGGACCCCUGUGUGCUUGGAACACAUCAGUGCCAGCACGUCUGCAUCAGUGACGGGGAAGGCAGGCACCACUGCGAGUGUAGCCAAGGAUACACCUUGAAUGCCGACAAGAAAACAUGUUCAGCUCUUGAUAAGUGUGCUCUUAACACCCAUGGAUGUGAGCACGUCUGUGUGAAUGACAGAAGUGGCUCUUAUCAUUGUGAGUGCUAUGAUGGUUAUACCUUGAAUGAAGACAGGAAAACUUGUUCAGCUCAAGACAAAUGUGUUUUGGGUACCCAUGGGUGUCAGCACAUUUGUGUGAAUGAGGGAACAGGUUCCUAUCACUGUGAAUGCUAUGAGGGCUACACUCUGAAUGCAGAUAAAAAAACAUGUUCAGUCCGUGACAAGUGUGCCCUAGGCUCUCAUGGUUGCCAGCACAUUUGUGUGAGUGAUGGGGCCACAUCCUACCACUGUGAUUGUUAUCCUGGCUACACCUUGAAUGAGGACAAGAAAACAUGCUCAGUGAUUGAGGAAGCACGAAGACUCGUUUCCACUGAAGAUGCUUGUAGAUGUGAAGCUACGUUGGCAUUCCAAGAUAAGGUCAGCUCGUAUCUUCAGAGACUGAACACUAAACUUGAUGACAUUUUGGAGAAGUUGAAAGUAAAUGAAUAUGGACAAAUACAUCGUUAAAUAGCUCAAUUUCUCACCUGGAAAUGUGGACAGCUUGGUAUACUUAAUAUUAAUGCAUUCUUUUGCACACCUGUUAUUGCCAAUGUUCCUGCUAAUAAUUUUCCAUAACCUGUAUUAAUGUUUGAAUAUUACUGGAUAAGUUGUAUGAAGAUCUUCUGGAGGAUCAGCAUCAUUUUUUCAAGGAAAUAAAUACGCAGAUCCCUAUUAAGAGCAAACUUUAAUGUCUCUAACUUAUGACUGUGAAAUGGUUGAUAGGAAAUAGAAUGAAAAGUUUAAAGUUUCUUUAUCUACUAAUUGAGCCAUUUAAUUUUUAAAUGUUUAUAUUAGUCAGAUAACCAUAUUCACAAUGGAAACUUUAGGUCUAGUUUCUUUUGAUAAUAUUUAUAAUAUAAAUCAAUCUUAUUACUGAGUGCAAAUUGUACAAGGUAUUUACAUGUACAACUUCAUAUAACUGCAAUGAAUAUAAUUUUGAACUGUUUAACACUUUUUGUUUUUUUUUUGCUUAUUUUAUUGGAGUAUUAUUGAAGAUGUGAUCAAUAGAUUGUAAUACACAUAUCUAAAAAUAGUUAACAUAGAUCAAGUGAACAUUAUAUUGCCAUUUUAAAUUCAUAUGGACUUUAGAAGAAAUAUACUAAUAAAGAGCACUUGUUGGGAAUUUAGGGCGUUAAACUUUUUACCAAGUACAAAAAACUUUAAAUUUACUUUAUUAUUUUGCUUUAGAAUCCAACUAAUAAAGUUAUAUAUUUAUAAAAUUGCUGUAAGUCAACAAAAUAUAAUAUUGUCUUUUUAAUGUUAGUGAUCCACCCGCCGCAGCUUCCCAAAGUACUGGGAUUACAGGUGUGAAAGUCUAACUUUUUUUUACUUAUAUAUUUGAUACAUAUAAUUUUUUGGCUUUGAAACUUGCAACUUUUAGAACAAAACAGUCCUUUAAAUUUUGUACUGCUCAAUUCUUUUUUUGGUUUGUAUUGUCUUUAAUAUAAUAAAAGUUAUUACCUUUACA